GUUAACUCCGUUAAAAUAGUAAGCUAUAGUACUUAGCUCAUCCUGUCCCAUAACCUAAAGUUCUUUGGAAAGUAUUUCAUCAGUCAAUCACUUUUACUUUUUAUUCUCAUCUGGAUUGAUAUAUUGGGAAUUAUGUGUCCAUUAUGGCCUCUUCACAUAAUCCUGUUGUAUAUGCUAUCACUUGCACCAGUUUGGUUCGCUGCCUGCCACCUUACCACUAAGCAGACCAAAGCUGUUCCCAGGAAUACAAAACCAUCAAUGACUGUUUUGUUUAAUCCACCAGUGGUCUCCGAUUUAAUAGUAUCUGAGACGACGAAAGUUAAUUUUUCUUUUGCUCCUACCAAUGGUUUUGAAGGCUACAAUUUAUCAUGUCUUGUUAGCAAUAUAGAUAUAGCCAACACUGGGCAAAUACAAAUUUUAAAAGAGGAUAAUGGAUUAGUUCAAGGUUCUUUUAAUGUAUCUGGAAGUUAUCUUGGGCAUACAUCGAUAAAACUUUGUCUGAAAGACCCAUAUAAAGGUACAGAUUGUGAGUUAACAUCCAAUGAAUUAGUCGUGCAUGUUAUUCGAAAACCAAGGGUGGUUGAUCAUAUCUUUACUGUAACCGUGGUUAUUCUGGUGGCUGUAAUUUUUGUUAAUUUUGGAUGUACAUUGGACACUAAUAGGCUUAAAGAUGCUGUAGUCCGACCAAUAGGACCCUUAAUUGGUCUGGUUUGCCAUUUUUUAAUACUGCCUCUUGUCAGCUAUGGUUUGGGAUAUUAUUUCUUUCCUGAUUCCCCAACCUUGCGAUUAGGCCUUUUUUUCACUGGAAUCGCACCUGCUGGUGGUGCUUCUAACAUCUGGACCUUUACUCUUGGAGGAAACUUGGAUUUAAGUAUUACUAUGACCGCUGUUAGCACACUUGCUUCAUUUGCUUUUAUCCCAUUAUGGGUUUUGACUCUUGGUGGAACAAUAUUUGCUGAAAGGCAAAUGGAGGUACCUUUUCAGAAACUGUUUUCGUCUGGUGUCACACCAUUGAUAUGUCUAUGCAUUGGUUUUGGAAUUCAGGUUUAUUUCAAAAGGAUAUCAGCCUUCAUGGUCAGGUUUCUAAAGCUAUUUUCUGUCUUAUUGAUAGCAUUUAUUAUCUGUUUUGCAGUAAUCACGAAUUUCUAUCUAUUUAAAUUUUUCAGCUGGCAGAUUAUUUUAGGAGGUAUGUUGUUGCCUUGGAUUGGUUAUUUAUCUGGUUGGGUCUUUUCUUACUUAUUGAAUCAAUCUGAUGAAAAUAAAUUGGCAAUAACUAUAGAAACAGGAGUGCAGAAUACUGGCAUCUCAAUAUUUCUUCUUCGUACUUGUUUACCUCAACCCGAUUCAGAUAUUACAACAGUUGUUCCUGUAAGUGUUGCUCUGAUGACACCUAUACCAUUGGUAUUGUUCUCUAUCCUGAAGAGAAUGCGAGGGAAAACCCAUCGGCCUAAAUUAGCUGUUAGUGAUACAGAAAUUUUGAAUAGUUAGCACUAAGCUGUUUUUGUUUUUCUAUGUAUAUUUGUUCUAGCUUUAGAAAUAGAAUUUUACUUAUCUCUUAAUUCAUCAUAUCAAAUAUGUGUAUGCAGAAUUUAAAAAAAAUUAUUUUACUAAAAGUACUCUUCACUGUGAUAACAAUAUUUAUUUUAUAAAAUAAAGUGUAUAAUAGAACAUCAUAACAUAUCUUCAAUAGAAGUGAAAAAUAUAUAUAAAAUUAAUUUCUUUUUUUUUAUAAUGAUCCAAAAUCGGUAUAACCAAAAUUUUUUAAUUCGGUUUAUUACUUUAAAUUUCUAAUUUUCAAAGUUUGAUAUAAACAUGAUGAGCUAAUUUUCAUAUUAUUUUGAUUAGUUUUUGAUGAUGUUGCAUGUAAGUAUGUUAUUCGUUACCAAUUAUUUUUACCAAAUUAUCAUUAUCUCUUUAAUUUACUUACAUUAACAAAUCUUUAAGCUGUUUUGACUGUCAAUUUCUUUGAACUUGUUUUACAUUGUAAUUGUCACUAGGCUCUUAACAUACAAUAGUAAUUAUUUUUUAAAUUCAUAAGUAUGUUUUGAAAUUAUGAACUUCAUAUAUGAAUAUAAGAAUAUAGAAA